GUCGUUAAAGAAUAUUUAUCAAUAUCACAAUGGGAGGAUUUUUACUUUGUCUACUAGUUGCAUAUGCAGCGGCUGCACCAUCAGGACCGUAUCCACCAUCGAUUCCUUUGGGAACACCUGCACCUCCGGUUCCGCAUCAAGUUUAUGGAUUACCUAGUGUUCAAGCAUCCACUGAAAUCUUUUCGGAAGUUACGGAAAAUCCAGAUACAACAUUCAUCCCAAGUGCUGGACAUGAAUUGCCCGCAACUGAAGCUAUUAUUAGUGGGGAACACUCCUCAGCAAUCAUUUCGCCGUCAUCACCUUCUUCGGGUAGUUUACCUCUUUUGCCUCUUGGACCACUAGGUGGAUAUUUGCCUUUGCCACUCGCACCUUUCGUUCAACAACCUCUACCUUUGAAUAUUUCUUCAGUGCCAUUCCUAGCAACGGGACAAAUUUCUGGUUUCCAAACUUUACUUCACACUUCCUCCCUCCCAACUGUACAAUCAGUUCCUGUUUCGUCAGGACAUGUCUUCUCUGGAGAAGUUCUAGCAUCCACACCUUUGUUACAUACUUCUUCUCUUGCAGUUCUUCCCUCUGUUUCUAGCUUGCCUGGAGUCAUUCAAGUUUCUGGUUUGGAAUCUCCAAUUUCAGUAGGAAGUCCCGUACCAACUACUUUGCUACAGGGUUCCUCCCUUCUGACAGUCCCGUCUCUUAAUCCUGUUCCAGAAAUUAUCCCGGAAGUUCCUGUAUCCCUUAGUUCAUCGAUUUCGACGCCUUUGAUCAAUACUCCUUCGAUUCCUUUCGUUCGUCCAAUUUCUGGUGUGUCAGAAAUCCUCCCGAUUUCAGAAUCACAGUCUCCAGGUACCGAAAAACUGCCACUUUCAGAAGGUGUCACUAUCGAAACCAGCAACGAAUCAUCGUCUUCGGUAGACAUUGUUGCUCCACACAGUGAAUAUGGGUUGCCUGUCCAAGAUAAACCUUUAGUUAUCCCUCCAGCACCUGCACUCCCAGAGCUCCCAGUACUUCCGGAUCUCCCAAUACUUCCAAGUCUUCCGAUAGUUCCAGAAGUUCCAGUGCUGCCGGCGAGUUCUGAAUUGCCAUCUACUGAAGCUCCACUUAUAACUUCACCGCACAGUGAAUAUGGUGUCCCAGAGCUCCAUUCAACAACAUUCGCUCCACCAUCCGGACCGUACCCACCGCGAUCGGAAAUUAUUUCUCACUAUGGAGAGCCAAUUCAAGUGCCUGUUGCACUUUUAUCGAAAUAA